AUGGAGCAGCCUAGCGGGGAGAAGCCACUGCAGCAGCCGCUGGAGAAGCCGCCCUACUCGUACGUAGCUCUGAUCGCUACGGUGCUGGAGGAGAGCCCGGGGAAGCGCCUGUCCCUGAGCGGCAUCUACCGAGCCAUCGUGCAGCGCUUCCCGUACUACGGCAGCCUGGAGCCCAAGGGCUGGCAGAACAGCAUCCGCCACAACCUCAGCCUCAACGAGUGCUUCGUCAAACUGCCCCGGGAGCCCGGUGCGCCCAGCCCGGGGGGCAGCAGGAAGGGCAGCCUGUGGGCGCUGGACCCGGCGUUCCGGGACAUGUUCGAGCAGGGAAACUUCCGCAGGAGGCGGCGGCUGAAGCUGUUGGCACAUCACGGAUCAAGAAUAGAAAUUGCUCCCCUGUGGCACUUAAUGGAUUAA